AUUAAUUUCUCUGUCUCGUCCCUCUGUGAAGCCAUCAGCCACCAACCUCACCAAACACACAGAGAUAGCAAAACCAAAGGAUAAAAAUCGAAUACAAUCCAUUUCCUAGUGUUUUUUGACAACCCAGAUCUUUAAAUUUUCUGGGUCCUCUUCGUUUUCAAGCACUUCAAGGUUUCGCCUUUUUUUUCAGUCACUAGAAAUGGUAGCACCAACAAGAAUUGGCCUUGCUGGUCUUGCCGUCAUGGGCCAAAAUCUUGCUCUCAACAUUGCUGAAAAAGGAUUCCCAAUUUCUGUCUACAACAGGACCACAUCAAAAGUUGAUGAGACAGUUGAACGAGCCAAACAAGAAGGGAACCUUCCCUUGUAUGGCUUCCAUGAUCCUGAAUCCUUUGUCAAAUCAAUCCAAAAACCUCGUGUUAUCAUUAUGCUUGUUAAGGCUGGCACUCCAGUUGAUCAAACCAUUAAAACACUAUCAGUUUACAUGGAAAAAGGAGAUUGUAUCAUUGAUGGCGGCAAUGAGUGGUAUGAGAACACUGAAAGGAGAGAGAAAGCCAUGGCUGAAUUGGGUCUGCUUUAUCUUGGAAUGGGAGUUUCGGGUGGUGAAGAGGGUGCUCGGAAUGGGCCUUCUUUGAUGCCAGGAGGUUCCUUUGAGGCCUACAAGCACAUAGAAGAUAUUCUCCUUAAGGUGGCUGCUCAAGUUCCCAAUAGCGGUCCUUGCGUGACUUAUAUUGGCAAAGGAGGUUCUGGAAAUUUUGUUAAGAUGAUACACAAUGGUAUUGAAUAUGGUGAUAUGCAGUUGAUUGCAGAGGCUUAUGAUGUGCUGAAGUCAGUCGGGAGGCUCUCAAAUGAGGAGUUACAACAGGUUUUCUCUGAGUGGAACAAGGGGGAGCUACUGAGCUUUUUGAUUGAGAUCACUGCAGAUAUUUUUGGAAUUAAGGAUGACAAGGGACAAGGUCAUUUGGUAGACAAGGUCUUGGAUAAAACCGGCAUGAAGGGUACAGGAAAAUGGACAGUUCAGCAAGCUGCUGAGUUGUCAAUUGCUGCUCCCACUAUAGCAUCAUCCUUGGAUUCAAGAUUCCUCAGUGGUUUGAAGGAGGAAAGAGUCGAAGCUGCCAAAGUCUUCAAAGCAAGAGGCUUGGGCGACUUCAUAGUUGAGCAAGAAGUGGAUAAGAAAAAGUUAAUUGAUGAUGUGAGGCAAGCAUUGUAUGCAUCCAAAAUAUGCAGCUAUGCACAGGGAAUGAAUUUGAUACGUGCAAAGAGCAAUGAAAAAUGUUGGAACUUGAAACUUGGGGAGCUGGCUAGGAUUUGGAAGGGGGGUUGCAUUAUUCGUGCUGUAUUCUUGGACCGAAUCAAGAAGGCAUAUGACAGAAACCCAGAUCUAGCUAAUCUCCUUGUGGAUCCAGAAUUUGCAAAGGAAAUUGUAGAGCGACAGUCUGCUUGGCGAAGAGUUGUCUGUCUUGCUAUUAACUCAGGUAUUAGCACCCCUGGUAUGUCUUCUAGCCUUGCUUAUUUUGACACAUACAGGAGGGACAGGCUGCCUGCUAAUUUAGUCCAAGCUCAAAGAGAUUACUUUGGAGCUCAUACCUAUGAGAGGACUGACAUACCAGGAUCCUUCCAUACUGAAUGGUUCAAGAUAGCUAAACAAUCGAAGAUCUGAUCUGAAUUUUCCUGUUGGCGCUAGCUCGCCUUAAUGAACCAUGGUUGUUAAGCCAAAUAAUGUUACUUCUAUGACUGAAAGUGUAUCAUUUUCUGUUACCUUCUUGGGAUAUUCAGCUCAAUAAUUUGAUUUCUCUUCUUGCUUUAA